AACACUCAACACUCGAAGACACCUGAAGUGGGUCGAUCCAACCACGGAAGGCUUCCUGGAGGGGCCCGACUUUGAAAAAAGCUUUCCCAGGCCUGUAUCCGAGGAUAAGAAGACUAGAAAAGAGAGUGUGGCGUGACUGAGGGGUAACAAAAGGCCCACGCCAGAACUCUGGUCGGCUGCCAUUCUCCCGGGAACAAAUUGGGCUUCAGUAACCGCGCCAAAGGUGUAUCUCCACUAAGGCCACGCCUCCUCCAGGCAAGGACCCGCCCAUUUCCCCGUCCGCCACUGCGGCUCAGGUUUCCGGAAGGUCCUGAUUUUAGAGCGGACCAAACCGGAUGAAGGUCGCGCGCCCUCUUCCGCCCGUGUGCCGGUUCACAAAGACCCCUCUUCUAAGUGGGGUGGUACGCAUCGUCCUUUUGCGCAGGCGCGCGGUGUGAGGUCCACGCUCGCCUCUAUGCCUGCAGGGCAUGUCUCGCGGGUCCGCGCCUUGUAUCGGCGCAUCUUGCUGCUGCACCGGGGUCUGCCCCCAGACCUUAAAGCCCUUGGUGACCAGUACGUGAAGGACGAGUUUAGGAGGCAUAAGACCGUUGGUUCUGACGAGGCCCAGCGUUUCUUGCAGGAAUGGGAGGUGUAUGCAUCGGUGCUAUGGCAACAAACUAAUGAAAACAGACAAAAUUCAACAGAAAGAGUGUGUUUUGGAGUUGCCCUACCAGAAGAAAAACUUAAUGACUUUCGUGAUGAACAGAUUGGACAGUUGCAGGAGCUGAUGCAAGAAGCUACUAAACCUAACAGACAAUUUAGUAUUCCUGAAUCUAGGAAACCAGAAUUUUAGUCUAUACAAUAAAGCUUACACAUUUUAAGUUCAGAACCCCUUACUGGGUUUCUAAAAAUGUAUUUCUUCAGCUUUUAGGCUUUGUGAAUGCCUGGUGUUCAUGAAAUAUUCUUUAAUUUGGGAUUGUUAUUAAUGUCGUCUACAAUAUGUAGAUCAAUAUGGCUAGUAAACAAAGCUUUAUAUGAUUGAAGUAACAGUACUUGCUGGAUGGGAUUUGAUUUUUUAAGUACAUAAGAAGGAAUGACUUUAAAAUGGACAAAGCUGUGGAAUUUUGCCAAAAGGUUUUUUUGUAUGUAAAUUUAAUGCUGUUCUUGUUCAACCAUUAGCCUCAUGGCUUUAGCUUCAACAGACAAGUAUGUUAUGAUAAUGACAGAUGUGGAGUUCCAACAAGGUUAUUAUUUACAUACAUGGAUUGUCAUCCUGAAAGUUUCUUCCUUUCUCUUUUAAUAAUACAGGUAUGAUUAUUCAUGUAAAUAUGCCUUCUCCCUGAGUCACUAUAUACAAUGAAAGAUUAAAAAGAAGCUUAAAGAGUCAGUAUUAUACACUGUAUAAUCUAUCAUGCAAAUGAUAGUAUAAUGUCUGUACAGUGUUUGGUAGUAACAAAUGACCCCUUAAAUUAUGUAAUUUAUAGUUACCUUGAGAAUCUCAUUUAUUGCCUCAUCAUUGGGGAGAUAAAAACACUUUCAUAAAUUUGUCGUAAGUUAUAAACUGAAAUAAUCAAGUGGUAAUCCCAUUCAUGUGUUUAAAAUGUUUAAUUUUUUAAAAAUUACACACUUGUGGGGCGCCUGGGUGGGUCAGUCAGUUAAGUGUCCAACUUUGGCUCAGGUUAUGAUUUCACGGUUCAUGGGUUCGGGCCCUGUGUCACACUCUGUGCUGACAGCUCGGAGCCUGGAUUGUGUCUCCCUCUUUCUCUGCCCCCCCCCCCCUUGCUCACACUCUCUGUCUCUCAUAAAUAAGUGUUUUAAAAAGUAAAUAAAAAUUACACACUUGUAACUUUAGUUUUGUAUGUCUCCUUUGAGAUUCUGAAAUGAUCAUUUUUCAGAUGCUAUUGCAUUUAUUCAACUAUUUAAAAAUUGACUCAUACUUACUCUCUUUUGCUGGAUUAGGCUUUUUCUUUGUGUAUGGCUGCCAGACUACUCAGUCCUUUUUAAUAUUCCUCAUUGAAUCAGUCUGGAGGUUGAUGCUUGUCUUUUUUCAUUGAAAGAUAGGUGGUCAAUCAGUAAUGAAUCUAGGCUCUACAUUGUAGGCUCUAGGAAUAAGAAAUGAAUAAGAUAAAAGCUCUUGCCCUCCAGGAGUUUAAAAUCUAGCUGUGCUAGAACCACAGCUUAGGAACCAUUUCAUCAUGAACAAAUAUAUCACAUCCUCAAACUCUUUCAAUCUUUUUUUGUCUUCCUAGCUUAUAGAAUCUAAUACCCAUAAGGACACUGCUUCUCUGUGUUUUGUGAAGUGGGGGUUAUGGGUCAUUUUACAUUCACUGUAAUGUAUAAUCCCCUCCUAAUGUCUCUUUCAACCCAUCACUGGGCUACCCUCACAUAAGAAUUCUUUUUCAUUUGUAGUGUUUUCUUUCUGGUUAUACUUCCCUAUUCAUUUUCUUUGGCAACUGGCUCAUACUUCUCCAUCUCAAGUUUUGCUAUCAUUUUGGUGACCUUAACACUAUAAUCCGUAUGGCUGACAUAUCUAGUACCUAAUUGGUCUCUGAUGAUUCAUUAUUCACCACCCAUAAAAAAUUUUUGGGAAAUCACAGCCAUAUUUAUUGGCCAUCACACAAAUUACUACCUUGAGGUAUUUCACAGUUUUACUACUAUAUUGCAACAUUCUUUUGGGUGACAUAUAUUUGAGAAGCUGUGCUCUUAGUGAUUGCUGUGGUAAAAUUAUCACAAACUAGUAAAAUGCUCAAUAUGAGUACAAAGUUUGAAAAGCUGUGUUGUGUCUAGUAGGUGCUAAAUUUUUAGGGCAUAAAACCUAAGUUGUUUGGACUAUGUAAUAAAUGAAACUGCAGUGUUUUUUGUUUGUUUCUGUUAGUUUUUGCUGUAUGUAUGCUGUGUAAAUACUAAAACACUAAGAGUGUGUAAAUUGAGAAAGUCUGGGAAGUGGUGCAAAAAGCAGUGUUAACUGUGAACUCAUUAGUGUUUUGACCAUUCAAUUUGUUCAAUGUUCUUUUACUUCAUUUCUAUCUCAGUCUGACCUCGUUUCUGUGAUCUUUCACUUCCUUCAACCAUUUAGCAGUACCCUCAAUGUCAUUGUCUCCUUUUUCUUUAACCUCAUCUACUGCUCUCACCAGUGUAACCACUCACUUGCUAAAAUCAAUAGGAUACUAAUCAGUACAAGACAGAUGUAUUAUCCUGAGUCUUGAUAGUGUUAACUAUUCCCUACUGCUUUUAAAUCACUCCUGCUUGGAUGACAUGAUACUGUAUACAGAAAACACUAAAGACUCUACCAAAAAACUAUUAGAGCUGAUAAGUGAAUUCAGUAAAGUUGCAGAGUAUAAAAUCAAUGUACAGAAAUCUGUUGCAUUUCUAUAUUCUAAUAAUGAAGCAGUAGAAAGAGAAAUUAAGCAAUCCCUAUCAAAAUAACACCAGCAUUUUUCACAGAGCUAGAACAAUCCUAAAAUUUGUAUGGAGGCAGAAAAGACCCUGAACAGCCAAAGCAAUCUUGAAAAAGAAAACCAAAGCUGGAGGCAUCACAAUCCCAAACUUCAAGCUGUGUUGUGAAGCUGAAAUCAUCAAGAAAGCAUGGUACUGGCACAAAAACAGACAGAUCAAUGGAACAGAAUAGAGAACCCAGAAAUGGAACCACAAAGGUAUGGCCAACUCAUCUUUGACAAAGCAGGAAAGAAUAUCCAGGGGAAUAAAGACAGUCUCUUCAGCAAAUGGUGCUGGGAAAACUGGACAGUGACAUGCAGAAAAAUGAACCUGGACUACUUUCUUACACCAUAUGCAGAAAUAAACUUAAAAUGGAUGAAAGACCUAAACAUAAGACAGGAAGCCAUCAAACUCCUAGAGGAGAAAGCAGGCAAAAACUCUUUGACCUCAGCCACAGCAACUUCUUACUUAACACGUCUCCAGAGGCAAGGGAAACAAAAGCAAAAAUGAACUAUUAGAAUCUCAUCAAAAUAAAAAUCUGUUGCACAGCAAAGGAAACAAUCAGCAAAACUAAAAGGCAACCGACAGAAUGGGAGAAGAUAUGUGCAAACGACAUAUCAGGUAAGGGUUAGUAUCCAAAAUCUAUAAAGAACUUACCAAAUGCAACAUCCAAAAAACAAAUAAUCCAGUGAAGAAAUAGGCAAAAGACAUGAAUAGAUACUUCUCCAAAGAAGACAUCCAGAUGGCCAACCAACACAUGAAAAAAUGCUCAAGAUCACUCACUCAUCAUCAGGGAAAUACAAAUCAAAACCACAAUGAGAUACAACCUCACACCUGUCAGAAUGGCUAACAUUAACAACUCAGGCAACAACAGAUGUUGGCAAGGAUGCAGAGAAAGAGGAUCUCUUUUGCACUGCUAGUGGUAAUGCAAACUGGUGCAGCCACUCUGGAAAAAAGGAUGGAGGUUCCUCAAAAAAUUAAAAAUAGAACUAUCUUACGACCCAGCAAUUGCACUACUAGGUAUUUAUCCAAGGGAUACAGGUGUGCUGUUUUGAAGGGGCAUAUUCACCCCAAUGUUUAUAGCUGCACUAUUGAUAAUAGCCAAACUAUGGAAAGGGCACAAAUGUCCAUCAACAGAUGAAUGGAUAAAGAAUAUGUGGGGUGUGUGUGUGUGUGUGUGUACACAAGUAUUACUUGGCAACCAAAAAGGAUGAAAUCUUGCCAUUUGCAAGUGGAUGGCACUAUGUGGAUGGAACUAGAGGGUAUUCUAAGCGAAAUUAAAGACAAGUAUCAUGUGACUUCACUCAUGAGGAAUUUAAGCUACAAAACAGAUGAACAUAAGGAAAGAGAAGCAAAAAUAAUUUAAAAACAGGGAGGCGGACAAAACAUAAGAGACUCUUAAGUAUAGAGAACAGAGGGUUGCUGGAGGGGUUGUAGGAGGGGGGAUGGGCUGAAUGGGUAAGGGGCAUUAAGGAAUCUACUCCUGAAAUUAUUGUUGCACUAUAUGCUAACUUGGAUGUAAAUUAAAAAAUAAAUUAUUAAAAAAAGAAAGCAAUCCCACUUACAGCUACACCAAAAAUGAUAAAAUACUUAGGAAUAAACCUAAACAAAGAGGUGAAAGAUGUGUACUCUGAAAACUAUAAAAUACUGAUAAAAGAAAUUGAAGAUGACACAAAGACAUGCAAAGACACUCCAUGCUUGGAUUGGAGGAAUAUUGUUAAAAUGUUCAUACUACUCAAAGCAAGCUAUAGAUUGAAUGCAAUCUCUGUCAAAAUAUGAACAGCAUUUUUUGUAGAACUAAAAAUAUCCUAAAAUUGGUAUGGUAACAUAGAAGACCCUGAAUAGUCAAAGCAAUCUUGAAAAACAAAACUAUAGGUACCACAAUUCUAGAAUUCAAGUUGUAUUAUGUAAUUAUACAAUCAAAACAGUAUGGUACUGGCACAAAAAUAGACACAGAUCAAUGGAACAGAAAACCCAGAAAAAAAACCCAUGAUCAUAUGGGCAAUUAAUAUAUAACAAAGGAGUAAAGAAUAUUCAAUGGAAAAAAGAUAAUCUCUUCAACAAAUGGUGGGGAGAAACUACAGCUACAUGCAAAAGACAGAUAUGUGAAACUGGACCACUUUCUUACUCCAUACACAACAAUAAACAAAGUGGAUUGAAGACCUAAAUGUAAGACCUGAAACCAUAAAAAUCCUUAAGGAGAGCACAGGCAGUAAUUUCUCUGGCAUUGGCUAUAGCAACAUUUUCCUAGAUGUGACUCUUGAGGUAAGGGAAGCAAAGGCAAAAAUAAACAAUUGAGACUACCUUAAAAAAAAAAAAAAAGCUGCACAGUGAAGGAAAUAACAAAACUAAAAAGCAACCUACUGAAUGGGGGAAGAUAUUUGCAAAUGACAUCUGAUAAAGAGCUAGUAUCUAAAAUCUAUAAAGAACUGAUAAAACUCAACACCCCCAAAAUGAAUAAUCCAAUUAUAAAAUGGACAGAAGACAUGAACAGACAUUCCUUCAAAGAUGACAUCCAGAUGGCCAACAGACACAUGAAAAGAUGCUUAACAUCACUCGUCAUCAGGAAAAUCAGAACUACAAUGAGAUAUGAUCCUCACACCUGUCAGAAUGACUAAAAUAAAAAAUGCAAAAACCAACAAGUAUUGGCAAGGAUGUGGAGUAAAAGGAAUGUUCUUGCACUGUUGGUGGGAAUGUAAAGUAGUCCAGCCACUGUGGAAAACAGUAUGGAGUUUCCUCAAAAAGUCAAAAAUAGAACUAUCCUACGAUACAGUAAUCCCACUACUGAGUAUCCCCCCACCCCAAUACAAAAACACUAAUUCAAAGGGAUACACGUACCCCUAUGUUUAUUGCAGCACUGUUUACAACAGCCAAAGUGGAAGCAGCCAAAGUGCCUAUUGAUAGAUGAAUGGAUAAAGAUGUGGUUGUUAAUACACACACAGGAAUAUUAUUCAGCCAUAAAAAGGAAUGAAAUCUUGCCUCUUGCAACAACAUAGAUGGAGCUAGAGAGUGAUGAGGGAGCAUAAGACAAGCUGGCAGGUUACAGCUCCCCCCACCCCCCACCAGGUGGGAUAUGUGUGAUAUUCCUCAGACACUCCUGGCUGCCCAAGAACAAAGAAAAGGGGAAAAACAAAUGGUUAACUGAUAGAGUUCAUAGUCCUGCAGGACCUCUCUAUCAUCCCUCCAUAGUGAUGUGGGAAACAAAGGCAGAAGGAAAUGGCAGAACUAAAUUUCCUUAUAACUUGCCGCCUAUUGACAAACAUUUGAGGCUGGCAGAGUAAAACGUUUCUCCAGGAACUCCCUAAUGUCUUAAUACUAAUGCUUUGCUAGAGGAAAAAACAAUGCUAGCUUGACAAUAGCUAGGCCUCCAGUAUCCUGUGAGUCUUUAGUAUAUGAAAGUCUCACUGGAAACUUCCCCUGGACUUUACCUCCCCCCAACACCACAGUAUAAAACCAGUCUUUCCUCAUGGUCUCCAGGCACCUCUUCCUACCCACGGGUCCUGUCCCCGUGCUUCAAUAAAAUCACCUUUUCGCACCAAAGACGUCUUCAAGAAUUCUUUGUUGGUCAUUGACUCUGGACCUCACAAACCCCACUGUCACCACCCCCCAAAAACCUCA